AUUUCGCUCGCGAAUUAGAGAGACAAUUAAAUCGAGUACCGAUGGAGUGGCAGCCAGCAAACGACCUCUAGCUUGCUUAACGUGAACGUCUCAACCUAGCCACACAUGUCACUGGCUUGUUGUGGUGCUGACACACAUCUUUAAUGUCCUACAUGAUUGAAAAUGAUUGGAUUUGCAUCGUCAAAACACUUAACUCCCCUGAGUCCUGUGUGGAGAUGCUGUCUUCAACAGAUGACCAGAGCACCAAACUGCUUUAUCAAAGUCCAGCAGCGUCUAAACUCUCAAGGUCCCUCAUCCUCGCUGCUGUCCAGACCACCUCCCACCAGCCGGCUGCAGACCCUCAGGACAGCGAGCUGGCCAGCCUCUCGUCUCUGCCAUAACCAGCACAACACGUCCAAGGAGGGAGACAGAAAACACACCCAGGAGGGUUUCAGGAUGAGUGCCCUGGUCCAGGCUCCCAAACCGGCCCUGUACCUGGGUUUCUCUGGCCUCAUCCCCUUCCUGUCUGCCCCUCUCCUCAUGGCGGUGACACAGUCCUUCUACCCCGAUGUGGCGUUCGCUCAGGUAGUUUACGGGGCCUCUAUCGUCUCCUUCCUCGGAGGGGCUCGCUGGGGGUUUGCCCUCCCCGACGGCAGCCCCGCUAAACCGGACUGGAUGAACCUGGGCAACAGUGUGGUGCCCUCGCUCCUGGCCUGGCUGGCGCUGCUCUGUAGGGACAAUGUGGCUGAGGGAGCUUUCGUGGUCAUCAUGGGACUGGGUUUGUCUCUGCAUUACGACCUGACCCUGCUGCCAGGCUACCCCGCCUGGUUCAAAGCCAUGCGGACUGUCCUCACCCUGGUUGCCACCUUCUCGCUGGUGGCUACCCUGGCACUUAAGAAAUUCUGCCCCGAGAAACAGAUUAAGGAGCUUCAGAAGUGAUUCACAGGAUAGUGUUGUCGUAAUUUUAUUGGGAAAGAUAAGACUUAUUUACUUAAUAACAAAAAAAUAAAAAAACUAUACAAACAAGU